ACCAUGUCCCUCGUGCGUGCGCUCUUGCUGCUCUUGUGCGCCUCACGCCACAGCGUCAUGUGCUCUCCGGUCGGGAAGCAAUACCUUAUCCAGAAUCCCAAUCCCUACUUCCGGCUGGAAACUCAGGAGUCUGGGGGUGACUGCAUAUUCGAAAAGUCCAUAGAGGGCGAAUACACGUUCAUCUCGACGGGCAGCGAUAGCGUGUGUGCCCUCUACGUCUACACGGAGCCGGAGUUCCUUGUGGAGUUUCAAAUCCUGCGAUUCGACGUCAGCUGUACGAAAGGAGGCCUUCUAACGGUCUUCGAUGGUUGGGAGAAUUACGGGGAUUAUUUCCCAACUCAAGAGGAGCAUCCGAAACCGAUGGAUCAAAGAUUCGCGGAGUUCUGUGGCCCCAUCAAACCCUGGAAGCCCUUCACAACGUCGCAGAACGUCGGCGUAGUCAUGUUCAGAGUGCCCACCAGAGGAAACUACUUCUCCGUCUUGGUCACGUUCAGGAGGAACCCCAAACCUUGCAACGUGCUGCUGCAGCCGCUGUCCGAGAGCCCCGUGUACACCCUGCGCAACUACGGCCGGCGCGUCAACUGCAGCGCCGCAUUCAUCUUCCCCAUGAACUUCCGGAUACUGGCCACCAGCAUCGGGUCCCAGGGCUUCUCGGGCUCCACCAACAGCGAGCUCGAGACGGGACUCAUUACCAAAUGCAAGAAACGUGGAAUGCAAGACUACGCCCAGUUCCUGGGUGGAAACGGUAUCAGCACAGAAGGAAUGCUCAUCGUUGAAGAUAUCUGCGGUCUUGAUUCUACAGCAAGCAAGAAAGCCAUCCAGAUCCCGUGCGGCAGCACCGCCGUUCGCCUGGUGUCCAGCGGCCGAUACGAAGACUCGCUCACAUUCGGCUACGAGCCGAUCAUCGAGAUUGAGCGCCUGCGCUCCUGCGCCAAAACGGCCAUAUCCGUGUGACGACACUGACAAGGACGCCCGGGCAUCGGAACCUCCACUGACGACAGCGGCAGAGCCGUUUCAAACGAGAAUCCGCGCCAAGCUGCUGAGAAUGCAGCCACCUUCAUGUUCUUCGUCCCAUCCGAAACUCUUUCGCCGCUCCCCGUGUACAUACCUGUUUCGUCCUCUCA